CCUUUCCCGGCGUCGCCUCAAUUCUCGGUCUCACUCUGUCUCCGCCAUGGAAUCUCGGAUUUUGCACUCUUCUUCUUCUUGCUGUUAUUCGUCUCUUGGCACUGUCAAUCGAUACCGUUUCUCCUCUUUAUCAUCACCGAAACCUCUCUCCGUCAGCUUUACUCAGACGGCGAGAAGAAGGACUAAGGUAUCUCGUGUUUUAUCCAUGUCGAAGAAAGAUGAUGCCACUGGUAGUCUCACUUACAAAGACUCUGGUGUUGAUAUCGAUGCUGGGACUGAGCUCGUUAAGCGAAUCGCAAAGAUGGCUCCUGGAAUUGGUGGAUUCGGUGGUCUCUUUCCAUUAGGUGAUGAUUAUCUCGUAGCUGGUACCGAUGGUGUCGGGACUAAACUUAAAUUGGCAUUUGAGACUGGAAUUCAUGAUACCAUUGGAAUCGACUUGGUUGCUAUGAGUGUGAAUGAUAUUAUUACUUCUGGUGCAAAGCCUCUGUUUUUCCUUGAUUACUUUGCUACUAGUCGUCUUGAUGUAGACCUUGCAGAAAAGGUCAUUAAAGGGAUUGCUGAAGGUUGUCGGCAAUCGGAAUGUGCUCUCUUAGGGGGAGAGACUGCAGAGAUGCCUGGCUUUUACGCAGAGGGCGAGUACGAUCUCAGUGGGUUUGCAGUAGGGAUAGUAAAGAAAAAUGCUGUUAUCAACGGAAAAAACAUUGUUGCUGGAGAUGUUCUUAUUGGCCUCCCUUCUAGUGGCGUUCAUUCCAAUGGUUUCUCUUUAGUAAGAAGGGUAUUGGCUCGAAGCAAUCUUUCGCUGAAUGAUGCGCUGCCAGGUGGAUCAACUACUCUUGGUGAAGCUUUAAUGGCACCCACUGUCAUCUAUGUGAAACAGGUACUUGACAUAAUCAGUAGAGGAGGAGUGAAGGGGAUAGCUCAUAUUACAGGCGGAGGUUUCACAGACAACAUUCCCCGAGUCUUCCCGGAUGGUUUGGGUGCUGUUAUUCACACCGAUGCUUGGGAACUUCCACCGUUGUUCAAGUGGAUCCAACAGUCUGGGAGAAUAGAAGACAGUGAGAUGAGAAGGACGUUUAACCUGGGGAUAGGGAUGGUCAUGGUGGUUAGUCCAGAGGCAGCUUCACGAAUACUACAAGAAGCCAAGAAUGGAGACUAUGUUGCGUAUCGCGUAGGAGAGGUUAUCAACGGUGAAGGCGUAAGCUAUCAGUAGAGUGUUGUGUGUACUUUUUUCUUCUGUGCCUUUCCCAACGUUUUAAGAAAUCCAUUUUUAUGAA